ACACAACAAGACUUCCUUUCCAACCCGGGCCCGGCAGAAUGGCUCCCGCGAAGAAGGGUGGCGAGAAGAAGAAGGGCCGUUCUGCCAUCAACGAGGUAGUGACGAGAGAAUACACCAUCAACAUUCACAAGCGCAUCCAUGGAGUGGGUUUCAAGAAGCGUGCCCCUCGGGCACUCAAAGAGAUCCGGAAAUUUGCCAUGAAGGAGAUGGGAACUCCAGAUGUGCGCAUUGACACAAGGCUCAACAAAGCUGUCUGGGCCAAAGGAAUAAGGAACGUUCCAUACCGCAUCCGUGUGCGGUUGUCCAGAAAACGUAACGAGGAUGAAGAUUCCCCGAACAAGCUCUACACACUGGUCACCUAUGUACCUGUCACCACUUUCAAAAAUCUACAGACAGUUAAUGUGGAUGAAAACUAAUCGCUGAUUGUCAAAUAAAGGUAUAAAACUGAAAAAAAAAAAAAAAAAAGAAGAUAC